AUGACAGAUCAUCAAGGCCACGAGACGCCGCGGGCGGUGGGCCCGCUGGGCAUUGUGGGGGAGGAGCCGGCUGCCCCCAACUCACGCCAUAAUUUUGGGAGGAAGCCGACCAUCGUGGCCAAGACCAGUUCGCUCGGCUUGCAGGCUGGACGCGCACCUGCUCCAGGCCAGCCGCCCCCUCAGGGCACGGCGAUGCAUCACGACGAAAAUGAAGUACAGGUCAGGGUUACUGUAACAUUGGGGUGGAAAUUUGGUUUUUAGGCAGACUUAGGGAUUGGUUUUGAUUUAUAGGUAACAUUUUAGCAUAUUUUUUAUAUUUUUGGUAAAUCUACUAUAACAGAACCUAAUGUAAGAUUACAAUAUAUUUAUGACGUAUUUUACCUCGCCUUUCAGGUACCUCAAGUGCACCGCCUCAGCACAAUCUCGGCAAGAGUCGGUCACCCCACCCACGCCGGACUGUCCCACCUACCCCACCACCCCCUCAACUCUACAGUAAUCGACUGGCAGUCAGGAGGGUCAAGGAGAACGUCGGUCGUCUUCUCUCGUCGCCCCACCUCAUCGAAUAUUCCCAUCACCUCAAAUGUACCACUAAGACCAUCGUCAGGUAGUCUAUUGGAGUUGGCUGAUAGGACCAGCUCCAAACUGACAUUGGAUGAGGAGUUGUAUGACAUUUUGUUCGCUUUCGGGUGA